UGGAGCUGGUGGGGGGUUUUCACAAGCAAUGGGGAAGAAACAGCAUAGCAAAGAUCGUAUGUUUAUAACGAGUACAGAGUGGGCGAAGGAGUGGGGGGGUGCCAAAGACCGUGAGAAUCGAGCAAUCUUCAAACGUCUACCCUUCUACUGCUGCGGGGUGUCAUUCACUCCAUUUGAAGACCCAGUCUGUACAGCGGAUGGCCAUGUUUUCGACAUCUUGAAUGUGGUCCCCUACCUUCGCAAAUUUCAUAAACAUCCUGUGACUGGUCGUCUGUUGGAGGUCAAGGAUCUGAUUAAGCUGACUUUCCACAAGAACAAUGAUGGAGAGUACCACUGCCCUGUGCUUAACAAAGUGUUCACUGAGUUCACACACAUUGUCGCUAUUCGUCCAACGGGCAAUGUCUAUUGUUAYGAGGCUGUGAGGGAGUUGAACAUUAAACCGAAGAAUUGGAAGGACCUUCUUACCGAUGAACCUUUCAAACGGGAGGAUAUAAUAACAAUUCAGGACCCAAACAACUUGGAUGCCAAGCUACUUGCAGACUUCGACCAUGUCAAGCAUGAUAUCAAGAUUAAUGAUGAAGGUAUGUCCCUCAAGAAUUUCCACUACAGGUAGGUCUCUUGGCUAGCCCUCAGCCAAACAAAAUUACGAAUCUACCCUACCUAUGGUACAGCCUCGACAGAGAGAGGCUACAGGCGACCAGAAAACAGCAAGUCAUUGGAAUUAAGAGAACAGACAAUAUGAAGGUCAGAAAUGAAAUGAACGGAAGUAU